CAGCGGGAGGGGCCGGCAGCCGGACCGGGACCGGGAGCGCGGUCAUGGCCGGGCCUGAGGCCGCGGGUGCUGCCGCCGCCGCCGCCGCUGAGGGGAGCGAAGCUGGGAAUGGCGACCGCGAUGGCUACGACGGGAAGUGCGUGUUCUGCAGGAUCGCCCGCCGGGAGGAGCCGGGCACGGCGCUGCUCCCCUGCGAGGAUGAAGACCUUGUCUGUUUUAGAGAUAUAAAACCUGGUGCCCCCCACCACUACCUGGUGGUGCCCGUGAAGCACAUGGGAAACUGCAAAACACUGAAGACAGAGCACAUACCUCUAGUGAAGAGAAUGAUGGAAGUGGGAAAAGCUGUUCUCCAGAAGAAUAAUUUUAGUGACUUGAAUGAUGUAAGAAUGGGUUUUCACUGGCCACCAUUCUGCUCCAUAGCCCACUUGCAUCUGCACGUCCUGGCCCCAGCCAGCCAGCUGGGGUUCUUAUCCAGGAUCUACUACAGAAUCAAUUCCUACUGGUUUAUCACGGCUGAACAACUGAUCGAGAGACUGCAAACUGAAAAUGCUGCCAGCUGAAAGCUUGUGUUGUCAGCCAGUUUGGUCUUUGAGCUCUGAUUUAAGGUUGCACAGUUUGAUGUUGCCAAUAAUAUCCCAGGAUAAAAAAAGCUUUAGUUCCUUAUGAGGAAAUACACGCAGAAUUUGUAGCUGCUAACCUAAUUCUUCCAUUUGGAUAUGUCAGUUUGUAUACUUCCCUGGCAAUAGCAUGAUGUAUUUUAGUUAAAAUUUUAAUUUAAUUGUGUAGGUCCAUACAUAAUACACAUACACAUGCACCCAGGCAGAGAACUCUUCCUAUUAAAAGGCAAAGUGUAGCAGCAGAAUGUAUUGCAAGCGAGGCAGUGAGUUACAACUAACAGCAUAUGAAUGGUACCAAAGGGAGUAUUUGCUGCGGAAUCAAGCUUUCAUUUUCAAGAUGCAUUGUUCUGGGACUGCAGGUAACAUUUCAAGCAUUUGUUCCCACCUGCAUUUGUAUGAUAUGUUACUUAUGCCUAGUGAUGAGAAGGUAUGUUGCUGAAAGUACAGUACUGACUUUUUGGUGCAAAACUAUUUCAAUGUUACCUGACUUGUUUGCAUCACAGUGACACAUUAAACGGGAAUACAAUAUGUGCCCAAUGCUGUAUAACAUAGGAUAUAGUUUAUGUGUAAAUAGACCCUUAUGUGCACAAUAUUUGAAAUUACUAUAUGUUUACAAAGAAUGUGAAGAGUUCAAAAGAAUGGAUUUAAAAUACUGUUCUUCUGCAUGGCAGUAGAUAAAAAAGUCCAGAUUUUCUAGUCUUAUUUUCACUGCAAGUCCCUUGCAGAUUACUAAUGCCUUGGCCAAAUUUGGAUUCCAAAUGAAGUCAUAAGAGAAGCCGGUCUGAAAUGCAAUGUGUGUGUGUGGCAGACUUACAUAAGAGCAAUGUGAUUUGACUUUGGGAAAGCAGGGACUCAGCCCAAAAUCGGAACAUGCCAAGUUGCUUAAGGAACCUGUUGAACAUUUGCCUUUGCAGCAUGACUCUAAUCAGGAAUGCUAGCACUUGUUUUUCAGUACCAUAAUAAGGCAGACUGUUUGGCAAGUUAAAACUCUGGAACACAUGGAGUGGAUUUUCUCUGUUCACAGAGGUUGUCUUGGUGCCGAGCUAACCAAGUGCCCUUACCUGAUGCAUUCAGAUGCAGCUGAGGUGAGAACAUCUCUUGCACCUGCAAACUUCCCUGAUCAUAAUAGUCUGUGUUUUCCAUGGAUCCAGCACCUGUUGCCUUAGUGAUACAAUGUGUUGUAAUAUUCUUACAGUACUUCAGAGAGUCCACACCCUUCUGAAGAACUGCAUUUUUUCCUGGCAGAGUUUGCACAUCUCUGUCUGUAAGAUCUUCUUCCUAAUGUCUUGUUAUAUGUAUUAGUGGGCACUUGCAUGUUAUUUGCAGCCAUUUAGGGUUUUAAUUUAUUACAUUUGGUAGGAAAAGUGUGACUUAAAGCCACUGAACUUUGACUGUGCAAUAGAUGAAGAGGUUUGAGCUGGCUCCUGACUUAGUGAAAUACCUGUAUAUUAAUGACUUUCAAGAGUUAAUAUGUAUGUGUUCUGAUCUGCAAUUUAUGUAACUGUACUGAACUGUGACAUGUAAUAUUUAAAAUAUCAACGUGAACUGUUGUCAAAAAGGAUUAAUAAAUGCUAAUCUUGGG